AUGGCGGCCUCUAUCUCGCCGUCGGUCAUCAUGACCCAGAUCUCCAGCUAUCUCAAUGCCAACGAGACCUCCAACGUUCUUUUCCAGUCGCAACAGGCGGUCAAUGCCAUUGGGACCUACAAAUGGUUCAUUGGUACUGGCAUUUUCGUCCUGGUCACCACUAUCCAGAUCAUUAAAUAUAUGCUCCGGGACCGUCCUCCCCCAGGACUGAAGCUCAUUCCGGGCCCUACAAGCACAAUCCCUUAUAUCGGACGUGUCCACGAUGUCGACCCAAUGGCACCUUGGUUUGCCAUGAAGAAGUUCUGUGACGAAUAUAAUGGUAUUUUCCGCUCCACCAUCUGUGGUGAGAUGCAUAUCUGGGUCGGUGAUGCGAAGAUCGCCUACGACUUGCUCUGCAAGAAGGCCAGAAUCUACUCUUCUCGCCCCAUGGUGCCUGCUGUCCCAGGAAGUGAUUCUCAAGGACAAUACCUGCCCCUUUUGGCGCAUGACGACCACUGGCGCAACCAACGCAAGUUCGCCCACACUGUCCUGACCCAGGGCUUCAACCAGAAGUACUAUGGCUAUGUCAGCCACGAAUGCAAGCGAUUCAUGUACAAACUCCUCAUGGACCCCAAGGACCACUUCGCUUUGACCGAUCGAUUCUGCGGUCGCAUCAGUGCUCGUCUCGGUUACGGUAGCCCGGCCUCUGCCGCUGCCCACUGCAAGAACGCCGGCGAAUUCAUUCCUCAGAUUUCCCCCUCAGGUCCCAUCACCAACCUUCUGCCUUUCUUGGGCAGCCUCCCCGAAUGGCUGAACCCAUCGAUCAAGCGCGUGCGUGAGCGACGUGAAAAGGAAGAGAAGCUCUGGAAGGGUCUCAUGAAGCAGGUCCGCCUGGAAAUGGACCAAGGUAUCGCCCCCAUCAGCUACGCCCGUACCUACUUUGAGCGUAAGGAAGCCGAGGGUGGCAACCGAUCCUUCGGUUUCGACGACCACGAGGCUGCCUACGCUGUUGGUAUGUUGGUGACUGUCGCUAUCUUCACCAUUGGUGGCCCUCUGUACUGUUUCUUCCUCGCCAUGGUCCUGCACCCCGAAUGGCAAGAGAAGGUCCGCAAGGAAUACGACGAAGUCAUUGGUGACCGUGUCAUUGAGGUCUCGGAUGCCCCCAAUCUUCCCGUUCUCCGUGCUGCUAUUAAGGAGUGCGUCAGAUGGCGACCACCAGUCCCAUUGGGUGUGCCCCGUCUUCUCGAAGAGGAUGAUGAAUGGAACGGCUACUACCUUCCCAAGGGUGCCGUUAUCCACGCUGUCGAUCUCGCACUUGCCCGCAACCCUGAGCUCUACCCUGACGCCGAGGAGUUCAAGCCCGAGCGAUGGCUGGAGAAGGAAUACCCCACCUACAAGGAGCCUCUUACGGAACAUCCCAGACUCAUGGGCCACCAUGGUUUCGGAAUGGGUCGUCGCAUGUGCCCCGGUAUUGAAGUCACUGAGGCCGAGUUGCUCGUCGCUUGCGGCAGCAUUGUCGGCUGCUUCGAACUGAAGCCAUACCUCGAUGCGAAUGGUCAACCCAAGUGGCCUGAUUCGAAUGCUUUUACCCCUAAUUUGAUUGGUGGUCCCCUGCCUUUCGAGAUGGAUGUCAAGGUCCGAAGCCCCGAAAAGGCUGCUCGCAUCAAGGCUUGGUAUGAGGAGAGUGUUGCAGAUGAGGCUGCCGGAAAGAUCGCCGCUGGCUUGUGA